AUGGAAGUUCCAACAGCAACGUCGCUACGCGACAUCUAUCCCGAGGACGCGCUCCCAGUCGAGACAAAGCGAUGGGAGAGCCUUCUCGCCAAGUUCAAGGACCUCUACGGCAACCAAGCAGACUUUGUCGCUAGGAGCCCUGGACGCGUCAAUAUCAUUGGCGAGCACAUCGACUACUCUUUAUACGAGGUCCUACCCAUGGCCAUUACCGCCGACUUCAUCAUGGCUGUUGCUGUACGACCGAGCGAAGAGAAGCCGCGUAUACGGAUAGCAAACUUGAACUCGGAGAAGUUCCCCACCCGCGAGUUUGACAUCCCCGAGGGAGAGAUCUCAAUCGACGCUACCGAGCAUGAGUGGACCAACUACUUCAAGUCUGGACUGAAGGGCGUAUCACAACUACUACAGAAGAAGCGGGGCAAGUUCACAUCUGUGGGCAUGGAUAUCGUAUGUGACGGCACAGUACCGAGCGGCGGUGGUCUAUCGAGUUCAGCAUCCGUGGUCUGCACAAGUUCUCUUGCUGUACUGGCCGCGAACGGCGAAGAGAAGAUUGACAAGACCGAACUGUGCGAACUUGCGAUUGUUUCCGAGCGCGCGGUUGGUGUCAACUCUGGAGGUAUGGACCAAGCAGCUUCCGUCUUCUCCCUCCGCGGCUCUGCCCUCUACGUGUCGUUCAAGCCCAGCCUCAACUACACAAACAUCGAGUUCCCGAAAACAGACCCUGAACUCGUCUUCGUUACCGCACAGAGUUUCGUCGCCGCGGACAAGCACGUCACAGCUCCCGUAUGCUACAACCUACGUGUCGUAGAGUGCACAUUAGCAGCAGUCUUCUUAGCGAAGGCAUUCGGACUGAAGAAAGAGCUCCCAACAGACUCCUCCCCGCUGGGCGUCAGUCUACGCGGCUUUCACGACACCUACUUCGAAGACAAAGAAGGCGUCUCAGACAACACCAAAAUCUCCGUCUCAGAGUUCGAAACCCAGCUGACAAAGCUCAUCCAACAUACCGAAGACUACCUCCCUCAAGAAGACGGCUACUCGCGACAGCAAAUCAGCGGCCUCCUCGGCAUCUCAGAAGACGAACUGAACCAGCGCUACAUGUCCAAGUUCCCCGUUCGCGCCGACAAAUUCAUGCUCCGCCAGCGCGCCCUCCACGUCUUCACAGAAGCCCUCCGCGUGAUCAAAUUCCGAUCGCUACUUGCUUCACCGCCAUCAAAUGAUCGUGUGUACCUACAGUCACUAGGUGAUCUCAUGAACACAACUCAAGACUCCUGCCGCGAAAUCUACGACUGUAGUUGUCCUGAGCUCGAUGAGCUGUGCGAUUUGGCACGUGCGGCUGGAUCGUGUGGUAGUAGACUUACGGGUGCGGGGUGGGGUGGAUGUAGUGUGCAUCUUGUGCCUAAAGAUAAGGUCGAGGCGGUCAAGAAGGCGUGGGUUGAGAAGUACUACAAGAAGAAGUUUCCGGAUAUAACUGAGGAGAAGCUGGGACAGGCUGUUGUUGUUAGUGAGCCUGGGAGUGGAUCUAUGCUUUUCAAGGUUACGGGGGACAAACUUGCUUAG